AUGGUCGUGAAAUCUGCAGACGGAGGUGGCAACUUAACAACAGCAACAGUGUGCCUAGCUACACACAGUCAUGAUGGCUUCCAACACUCUGAGCUGUCUGAUGUCCUUGAGGGACCACAGUCCCAGUUACCACAAAGAGGCUCUUCUGCCGAGUCCUGCAGGCUGGAGGACCAGUUCCAGGCAAGUGGAACUUUGAUGACAGGAAAUGUCAGCAGACGUGAGCUUCCACCAUAUUCCCUGCUGUUGUACAGACCAGGACCUGCCUCCUCCAUGGAACACCCUCCUUUAAUUCUGUCCCCAGCCAUUGACGGGACCAGUGUUUCAUACCUCGCUGACACACUCACUGACCGGUCUUUGCCACAUUCCCAACUUUUUGUCACAGCCAGCGCCUCUAUUACACCUCCAGUUGGGGGAUCUAUGGCUUCCAGCACCCACAGUGUGGAUCCAGCAUGGUUACAGGUGCUGUCCCAUAUUUUACACACAUCCUCCUCGGAUGGGAAUAAAGGAGCGGGAUAUGUCCCAAAUAGUUCUACUGUCUCAGAUACUCACCCUUCUACUGGGUGUCCUAUAUUGAGACCAUACCCUGUGAUCACAACACCAACUGGAGGUCUUGAUCUCAUGGAGACCAGCCGGGAUAAGAUGGAAGCUGCCACAAGUAUCUCCCUGACCAGACAAGAGGGUCAGCUGACAGCACCUGUUGGGAGAGAUGAGGCUGUUGUCUCACCACCUGUGUCUGGGCAACUGGAUGACCAUUCUCACCCUGAGUUCAUCCAGACUUCUGUAAAGGAUAACCCCAAAAUGAAACCAAAUAUGAACAGCAGGGAGGAAGAAAACCAAGCAGUUAAUCCUUAUGAAACAAAUGCCACAACAGGCCAAGUCACCAGACAUGGGACAAGCAGAUUGUCAAAAUUAAACCUGCCUACGCUGACAAACUCACCGGUGUCAUGUCAUGAAGGAAGUGGAGGACCUCUGAGGGAGAGCCACAACUUGAAGGAGAGGAGGAGGAGGGCUCGUAUCAAGGAUGCCUGUAACCUGAUGCGCCAGUUGGUGCCAGGCAUGUCUCACAAGACUGACAAGGCCACAGUGUUUGAGUUUUCUGCCAGAUACAUCCACUUUCUGAAAUCCUUUGUUGGCUCCAACAAUGACAAGGAGUUUCUGGUCAAGUACAGCCCCUAUUGA